GUAGUCACAUGUGUUCACCCCCCCACAGUGUCCAUGCAGGUACAACCCUGACUCAGAGAGGAGGCUGAGAGAGAUGGGACUAGUUAUGGUAACUAAAGUAACGAGACAGCCAGAUACAAUGCUAGAGAUCUUUGAACCAACCAACUCACACGAUGAUGUCACUAAAACAGUCUCAAUCGGGCCACUUUUGGGACACAGUCAGGUUCAGCUAACAAGCUCUAAUGAACAGGCCACACAAUCACGUUCAGAUGUUCAACUGUUGGUGGCAGAACAAAACAAAGAAAUCACUCGAUUACAGCAACAACUAACACUUUCCAAUGACCUGUUGACACAUUGCAACAACCAGCGACAGAGAUCUGACACAGAGAACCAACAGCUGGUAGGGACCCUCAGAGGACAAGUGGACGUCCUCCAACGAAGAGUGGCCUCUCUCUCAGCCACCAAUCGUAGCAGCCACCCUCAGGAGGUGGAGUUCUGGCAGGUGUCUCCAGAGGAGGUGUCUAUUAGAGAGGAUGAGAUUCUUGGCCGAGGGGCCUGGGGCUACGUUGCCAAGGGAACCUUUAGAGGAACAACGGUGGCCGUCAAACGAGUGUAUCCUGAAAUCUUACGACAGACCACGGUGGAUCGAAUUCGUCGUGAGAUUCGCACCAUGGCUCAGAUCCGCCACCCCAACCUUGUCCUCUUUGUUGCUGCCGUCCUCAACGAGCAAACAGGUCCCAUGAUUGUCACAGAGCUCCUGGAUACCCCUCUACGUUCUGCAUACCAAGACAAUCGUGUUGGUCCCAACAAGCGAAGGAUCUUUGGAGACAUCUCCUCAGCUCUGGUUUAUCUCCACCGACAGAGGGAACCCAUCAUCCACAGAGAUGUGAGCUCUGCUAAUGUCCUCCUUCUCUCUCUACCCAACAACAAAUGGCUUGCCAAACUCUCAGACUUUGGAUCAGCCAACCUAGCUCGAGAUGCCACUACUCCUGGAGAAGGUGCUAUCCUGUACACUGCCCCUGAGGCCUAUCCCCAACCACCUUCAUCACGUCAACCACCACCACAACAGACGACAAAGAUCGAUGUGUACAGUUUUGGAGUGCUUGCUUGUGAAGUGGUGACUUGAACAUUUCCGAAAUCUGAACUGUUUUAUCGUCUGUUAUCGAGUAUGGAAGGUGUAUGGUGGGAGCUUCACCCACUCAUCACCUCCUGUGUCUCUCACUCCCCUCAGGACAGACCCUCCAUGGACACUGUGCUACACCACAUCAAACAAUUGAACUCUGAGCCUUAGGACAUUUAGUGUCAUUUCUGUACGUGUGAAAUAGUUUUCGACUACCCCAUGUUCAUCACUAUUUUGUACUUUGUGAUUAUUAUUUUGGCCAUAGCAUUGGGCAUGCAUGACUGUUUUUUUGUCUAUUUUAUAAGUACGACAAUUUUUUUAGUG